AAAGUAUUCAAAUUCUUGACGUUGCAGUACUAUAAACAUGAGGGGAAUUUGAUUUACAUAUAAAAUGUUCCUGAAAACUGGCAAUGCAUUUUUAAAUAUUUUGCGGAAACGCUCAACGACAGUUAAUGCAUUUAAAAAGCUGAUCGACAUUCAUCCGCAAGUACAAUAUUCGCUAGAUAAAUGUAAGCCAAUUGUAGCAUUAGAAUCUACAAUCAUCACACAUGGCAUGCCAUUUCCACAAAAUUUCGAUACAGCACUUGAAGUAGAAGAGUUAGUACGAGCUAAUGGUGCAGUACCGGCAACGAUUGCCAUUAUUGACGGACGUAUAAAAGUCGGUUUAAAUAAUACCGAUUUAGCAAAGUUAGCUGCAAAAAAACAAAAUGAAGUUAUUAAAUGCUCCAGACGUGAUUUGCCGUUUGUAAUAUCUCAACAGAAAUGCGGUGGUACGACAGUUGCUGCAACUAUGAUUAUCGCACACAUGACAGGCAUCAAAGUUUUUGCUACAGGAGGCGUUGGUGGUGUACACCGUGAUGGGCAUAUAUCAAUGGAUAUUUCAGCUGAUUUAAUUGAACUCGGUCGUACGCCUGUGGCAGUCAUUUGCAGUGGUGUGAAGUCAAUUUUAGAUAUACCACGAACAUUAGAGUAUCUUGAAACACAAGGCGUGUGUGUGGCAGCAUAUCAAAAUUAUGGCAUUUUUCCAGAUUUCUAUACACGUGAUAGUGGUUGUAAAGCCCCAUAUAAUUUAGAAAACCCGGUUGAAGCUGCUAAUCUAAUAAAAUGCCUAUAUGAUUUGGAUUUAAAUAGCGGAAUCUUAAUUGGUGUACCAAUCCCAGAAAAAUAUUCAGCAAAUAAAGGUCAAAUUACCUUAGCAAUAGAAGAGGCUUAUAAGAAAGCUGAACAGCAAGAUGUAAAUGGUAAACAAGUAACGCCAUUUUUAUUGGAAGCUAUAAGUAAAAUCACCGAAGGAAAAAGUUUAAAUGCUAACAUGGCUCUUAUUAAAAACAAUGCCACUGUUGGCGCUCAAAUUGCAGUUGAAUUAUGUAAAGAUAAUAUAUAUAAAGAUAUAUAUCUCCAAACAGAAAAAAUGCAUAAAGCUCCUUUGAUAAUUGGCGCUUCCAUUUUGGAUCUCUCAUUAACUAUGAACGAUGAGAUCCCAACUGUAUUGAAUGGUGCUACAUAUCAAAUACAAACUAAGCAAUCUGCCGGCGGUGUCGGACGUAAUCUUGCUGAGGGUAUAUUUAAGUUACAUGGCGAGGCUAAUUUUGAAGAAGUAACAUUCCCUGAUCAUCUCAUUAAUCAUAAAGGAAUCCGUCCACCAGGCAAGAAAAUUGAAACGAUUGCAAAUUUUCCAAAAUCAAGGGUAGUGCAUGAGCUACGGCGAUUCAUUGCAAUUAUCAAUUUUUAUCGCCGUUUUAUUCCAAAAGCGGCAGAGAUCCAGGGACAGCUUCAAAACUUCAUUAAAGGUAACAAAAAACAGGACAAAACUGUUAUUGGAUGGACCGCGGAUACAGAUAACGCAUUUGCGGAAUACAAAGAAGCCUUAAUUAAUGCAACAACAAUCGUUCACCUAAUCCCAGACGCGAACCUCGUACUUCACGUGGAUGCCAGUAACGUAGCGGUUGACGCUGCAUUAAAUCAAAUCAACAACGGACAACUCGAGCCUUUAGGGUUUUACUCAAAGCGGUUGACAAACACCCAAGUCAAGUACAGUACGUAUGAGCGUGAGUUGCUCGCGAUUUAUCAAUCGGUUAAAUAUUUCAAACAUGCGAUUGAAGGUAGACGUUGCACUAUUUUCACCGAUCAUAAGCCGAUAACGUAUGCAUUUCGACAGAAACCGGAAAAGGCAUCGCCACAUCAGCUGAGACAUUUAGAUUACAUCGGUCAAUUGACAACUGACAUUAUGCAUAUAGCUGGCAAGAAUAAUCUUGUAGCCGAUUUUCUGUCACGUAUCAAAGCUGUCAGCAAUGAAGAUCUAGUUGAUCUUGACCAAUUAGCAGCAAACCAGAAAACCGACAUUGAAGCGUAUGGCUUUCUGUCUAAUACAAAUAAAUCUGCACUUCAAUUGAAAUGGAUAGUCAUUCCAAAUUCAUCUAAGGAAAUUGCAUGCGAUGUAUCAUCAAAUCGUGUGCGUCCUUUUGUAACUGAACAGUUCAGACAACGCGUCUUCAAUUCAAUACAUAAUUUGGCACAUGCUGGUCGGCGAGCCACUAUUAAGCAAAUAGCAGAGCGUUUCGUAUUGCGGAGCGAGUUAAAUUAUGUCUUCCGUGCCAACGAGUAA